AUGAAAAAGCUUGAAGACAAUAGAUUUAAACUUACUGAGUCCAAUGAAUCACAAUAUCUUUGUCAUUCAUGUUAUAGUAACAUGAUAGUAAAUCCGGUAAAUAAAAGAAAGUGGAAGAAGAAAAGGCAUAUGACCAUCAAGCGAAUCAAACAAACUGCUGAUCAAUCCUAUAGCAUUAGCAAUCAUAAUGUAAAUCCGACAACUAUAAUAUUAGACAAAUACAUGCUAGUUCCUAAAGCUCUUACCGAUGCUUUGUAUGAUUAUCAGCACAGACAGCACAAAGAUGUUUUAUAUGAUCAUGAUGAUUUUAUAACCAUGUUGAACAAUUAUAAUCCGAAUUUAAAGUCUUUUUUUGAUGCAAUGGUUGAAAUGACUAGUCCUAAAGGAAAGAAUUGCGAAGUUAACAAACAUAGGAUUGUUGGUAUUUGUUAUGAAUUCGCUGGAAUGUGUAAUAAGUUUGUUAAUUUAAUGAAGGUAGAUGCGGGUAUUAGUUUAAUGACAAUAGGGUUGUCAAAACAAGGAAUUGAUGCAUUAGCUAUGUUAGGUGUUACUGCAUCAUAUAGAGUUAUUGCAGCAAAAAGGUGGUUUAAUGUUCAUAAUCCUGAAUUUAUUGAUGCUUAUAUUAUAAGUUCAAAGCUUCGCACAGAAUAUAUGCAAGCUUUUGGCACAAGUUAUACUGAUCGAAAAAAAGAGUGGAACAGUAUUCAAGAAAUAACAAACUUAUCUGAUGAUACAUUAAUUGAUAGUUUAACUAUACAUAUAUAUGAUUCGGAUAUAGCAGAACGUAAAGAAGAACGAGCGAUGAAAGAUGUUAAGCUUGUUGAUUUAAUUCCCUUAGAUCUUUAUUCUAUGAAUGAUUACUUAAAAGCUAUUGAUACUUAUACCCGAUUACAGCCUAUUAAACAAUAUCUUAACUUAUUUAUUGUACCAGUUCCAGCUGACUUUCCUGGGCAGCUUUAUAUUCGACAACGAUUAGAUGCACGUUCUCUUCGUGAUAAAGCUUUAUUUAUUGAUCAUAAUAGACAUAAAAAUGGAUUUCGUGAUGCUUUUGUUAAAUCUACACAUUAUCCAUAUACUCGGCAUCAAUUAAAGCAACUAGAAGAAAUGUCUGCCGAAUUUUUAUUAUCUUUGUUUAUUGAUAUUCGAAAUAAACAUGGUCAAAGUAAUAUAACUUCUUCAAAAAAACGCUCUAAAUGUUUUUUAGCAGCAUUUAAUGCAGAUGUUGAUAUCAAAUGGUUACCAACUGGGUAUCAUAAUGAAAUAAUUGAGCCUGAUAACAAUGAACUCGAAGAUGAUAAUGAAAAUGAAUCCGAACAUAAAAAUAAUGAUAAUGAUGAUAUUGGUCAAAUUGAAAUAGAUAAUAAUAUAAGUAAUCGCCUUGAUACAGCUUUACGCUUGUUUUAA